CCCGGAAGUGGGGUGUGGAGCUCCGGUGCCGGUGCGGCGGGGGACUGCGGCGCCAUCCUCAGAUGGGGCCUCGCCAUGUUGACCAGGCUUAUCUCAAACUCCUGGGCUCAGGCGAUCCCUCCCUCCCCCGUCUCCCUCCCAGAGUACUGGAAUUACAGGUAGCAGCAGCAGCAGCAGCAGCAGCAAUGUUUCACUUCUUCAGAAAGCCUCCGGAAUCUAAAAAGCCCUCAGUACCAGAGACAGAAGCAGAUGGAUUCGUCCUUUUAGGAGAUACAACAGAUGAGCAAGGAACGGCAGCAAGAGGCAAAACUUCGGACAUAGAAGCCAACCAACCUUUGGAGACCAACAAAGAAAAUUCAUCCAGUGUGACUGUAUCAGACCCUGAGAUGGAAAAUAAGGCAGGCCAGACUCUGGAGAACAGCUCAUUAAUGGCCGAGCUCCUGAGCGAUGUGCCCUUCACCCUGGCCCCGCAUGUUCUGGCAGUACAGGGCACCAUCACUGACCUUCCCGACCACUUACUCUCCUAUGAUGUCAGCGAAAACUUAUCACGGUUUUGGCUGGAAUGCAAUGGCAUGACCUCGGCUCACUGCAACCUCCUCCUCCUGGGUUCAAGCGAUUCUCCUGCCUCAGCCUCCCGAGUAGCUGCGAUUACAGGUGCCUGCCACAAUGCCUGACUAAUUUUUUUUUUUUUGGUAGAUACGGGGCUUCACCAUGUUGACCAGGCUGGUCUUGAACUCCUGACCUCAGAUGAUCUACCCGCCUAGGCCUCCCAAAGUGCUGGGAUUACAGGCAUGAACCACUGUGCCCAGCCUUGAAUCUUAUUUUUAGCCCUAAAAUACGUUCAAGAACUUGCAUGUAUUUUUUUCCCAAGCUUUCUUUAAAGACAUUUGCAUUCUUUCCUAAAAACAGAAUGAGAGAGGCGAUUCUGACCAGUUUAUUAUCCUGGCUAAUUAAAUUUUGAUCAACUGAACUUUAAAAUUGUACCAUUAAAAUGUUAACAAAGGCAUGAUUUUUAUUAACAAUUGCAGAUCAAAUCCAUAAUAGUUUUUUAUGGUAAACAUUCAUUGACGUCAACACUUGUUUUUUUCUUCUCUUAAAGAAAAAUGGUGAAUUCAAAACAGCAUUAAAAAAUUCCUCUAAAAUUCCCAGAGAUUUCAUUUCUCAUAAUUCUAAAUGACAAGUAAGGAGAAGCAAGGAAAGAAUCUCACUCAUGUUCUGAAACCGUAGUGCAUCAGACUACCUCUGUGCCUCCCAUGGUAACAAUUGAUCAAUAAAUGAACACUGCCCUCAGUAAUCUAGCAAAGAAUAUGUUUCUUUCAGAGAUUAAUGCAUUAUCUUAUUAAUUAUGUCAAUAACUCACACAACAUAUAAGUUUAUUGGAAAUGUAGUUGAAGGAUGUUUUGUCUUUUAAUGUUUUUGGGAAAUACAGGUUUAUGGACAUUAUCUUUUGAGCAUUUGUCGCAUAUUACUGAGGGCAUGACCUAGUAGUUAUUAUUGAGAAAUCUAGGUAUUAUUGGGAAAUCUAAAACUUUCAGAAUAAGUCCAAUUCCAUUCAUACUACAUUGGCUUGAAGGAUUAAGUAUUCUUAUGUUUCAGGAAAAGGACUCUUUAUGCCAUAUGGUUUGGCAGAUAGGUGUGUGUGGGAAAGAGAGAAAGAGGUAUUGAUUGAUGCAGGGAACUCUGUUUCAGUCGAUAUGACAAUAUGUCAGUCUUUUAAAAAUUUAAAUAAACUUUUUAUUUUGGAGUAGUUUUAGAUUCACAGAAAAAUUAUGAAGAUACUACGGAGAGUUCCCAUAUACCUCUCACUUAGUUUCCCCUGUUGUUGACAUCUCACAUAACUACAGUACAUUUGUCACAACCAAGGAAUCAACACUGGUACAUUGCAAUUAACUACAUUGCACACCCUGUUCAGAUUUCAUAGUUUUCCUCUAAUGUCCUUUUUCUCCUCCAGCAGCCUAUCUGGGAUAGCACAUUACAUUUAUUUAGUCGUCAUAUCUCCUUAGGCACCUCUUGACUUCAACAGUUUCUCAGACUUUUUAUUUUUGAUGACCUUGACAGUUUUGAGGAGUACUGGUUAAGUAUUUUGUAGAAUAUUUCUCAAGUGGGGUUUAUCUGAUGUUUUCACAUGGUUAGACUAGAGAUAUGGGUUUUUGGAGAAAUAUUAAAAGGGUGAUACGCCCUUCAGUGAGAUUAUAUCAUAUUGAGGGUAGUAUAAGCUAUAAACAUGACUCAUUACUGAUGAUGCUGACUUUGAAUACCUGGCCAAAGUAGUGCUUCUCAGGUUUCUCCACUGCAAAAGUUAUUCCUCCCAACCUUUCUAUACUCUUUGGAAUUAAAUCACAAAGCACAGCCCACACUCAAGCAGUGGGUAAUUAAACUCCACCUCCUUGAAAGGCGACUAUCACAUAAAUUAUUUGGAAUUCUUCUGCAUAAGAGAUUUGUCUCUUUUGCCCAAUUUAUUUAUCAAUUAUUUAUAUUAGUAUGAACUCAGGAAUCUUCCAUCUUUUUUCCAAGUCUUAAUCAGCGCUAUCCAAGAGACAUAUUUACAUUUUUAUGAAAGUCGAUAAAAUUUGGAACGUUUUACAUGGUGCAGAUGAAUACCAUUUUAUGUUGGAUAUGACAGUAUAUUCUAUGGUUUCCUCAAAAUUUAUCUUCCUGUUAAUGUCAGGCAUGUAUCCCCUUAGCUUGCCAUGAAUAAUUAUAUAUACCACAGACCUUCCUUGUAGGGCUAACAGUGUUGCAUUGUAAGUGGAGCCCUCGUAGAUACCUGGCCUUUUCCUACCUUAUUCCAAAGAUGGUUGCAUCUUAUAAAUAAUGUCAUUCUUCAGCAAGUGGUAUGGAAAUGAGAUUGUAAUGUCAUUAUUUCCUCUUUAAAGAAUCAGGACAACUCAUGAUACAAAGAGCUCUUCUCUGUAAAAGGUGAGACUUUUUUUUUUAGUAAUAGCAAAAAUAAAAUUGUACCUCCUUAAUUUUCUAAAGAAAGAUGGAUUUCAUUUUCAACAUUAAGAGGUAGUUUUAAGAAGCAGUAGAAGUCAGCGUGGGCAGCAUGGUGAAACCCUGUCUCUACAAAAGAAUUAGCUGGGCUUGGUAGCUGCAAUCCCAGCUACUCUGGAGGCUGAGGUUGGAGAUCAUCUGAGCCUGGGGAGGUCAAAGCUGAGGCGAUACAGUGAGCUGUGAUUGUGCCACUCCAGCCUGGUCGACAGAGUAAGACCCUGCCAAAAAAAAAAAAAAAAAAAGAAGAAGAAAGGGAGAAGGAGAAGGCAGCAAUAAAAGGAAGAAGAAGAAGAAGAAGAAGAGGAGGAGGAGGAGGAGGAAGAAAGAAAGAAGAAGAAAAAGCAGCAAUAAAAGGAAACCAAUCUUCUUUUGGAGGGGAAAAGUGCCCAAGAAUCUCAUAAUUUUACUUCUCAUUAGCGAAAGCUCACUGCAUGCUAAAACGUAAAUUGGGUGAGUGGAUCUCAUUCAGUUUCAUUUGGGAAACACACAAUCAAAGCAAAAAACAACUUAUUUAGUCUUUGCAAGAAACUUGAACAUAAUUCCUUGUCAAGAAUUUAUCCAAUCCCAAUUUUCACCCUUACAAUAAAUAAAUAAAUAAAUAAAUAAAUAAAUAAAUAAAUAAAUGCCUUACAAUCAAAGAUAAAGCAAAGGAUAAUUGCAUGCAGAACAAACCAUCAGUUGACUGACUCUGAACCGGCCCCAACAGAGAGCUUGCAAGUCACUACCCAGGCCAGAAAGGGAGUCAGACAAUAGAGCAUUUCAGAGGUCAGUUAAGGAGACAGGUUCCAACGUAGGACUGCUGCCAGGCAUGUACAAUCCAGUGUCUGACAUCUGGGUUCUGCAGCUGCCAAAUCUGCCCCUUGUGUGGCCACAGGUGUUGGCUAUAACUCUGAGGCACAUGGGAGAAGGAACAGAGUAGUGUCAAUGUCAUUGUGCAUAUGUGUGUUUAUGUGUAUGGUUUUUCUUCUAAUUUUUUCAAAAGGUACAUAAUUUAUUUUGUUUUAAAAUGAGUGUAUUUCUACAUAAUGGCUGGGAAGAUUUGGGAGGCUAGCAAGGAAGAUUUCGUUCAAGAACAAGGGGAAAACAAAGGUGAAUUUUUACAUCUACAGGGUACAUUGUACGCUAACAUGUUGUGUGUGAUGUUGUUAACUUAGUCAUUUGAAUAGGCCUUCUCAGGACAAAAAUAAAUAAAUAAAUAAAUAAAUAAAUAAAUAAAUAAAUGGAUGCCGAAACGCACACAGGCAGUUGGUAUAAGAUGAAACCUAAAUACUCAUUCUCUUCCUGCAGUUUUCUCCCCUCAUCCUUCUUUUGGAUCUUCAGGAGAAUUUAUGUUUAUCCACACCUAUUUUUGAGCCUGGAACAGACUAGACUGUAUGCAGUCUUCUAUCUCACACUAUACCAGUUGUAGCCAUCAAUUAACACAGCUUAUAACAGGAACACAAAACUUUCCUUUUCUUUUUGCAGGAAACUUAGCUACUGUCUGUAAAGCAAAUCUGGAAGUUUCUACCUCAGGUAGCUGUUUGAGUUUCCUAACCCUAAAGAUAUAGAAGAAAUGAAGAUGAUUUAGAGAAUGGAAUGAUCCCGCUAAGAACCUUAAAGAACAGAUGGUCAGUAGGCUAGAAAAAAAAAAAUACAGGUCUAUAUCUCCACAAAUUAAUUGGAUAUUUCUUCCAUGUUUUGCCUAUUCCAUAUCCUGAAAUUAGAAAUUGAACUUCAAGGAGGAAGAAGGAAUCUACAUAUUUUAUCUUCAUAUUGAAUCUCUUCUAAACAGAAAUGCUUCAGUCCUUGGGCCAAUGUCUGUCCUGCUUUUAAAACUAAUGUGACCUGCAGUGUUUUUUCACUGUAUCCUCUAUAUAUUCCACCAGCCAAGAAGAUUUCUGACAGGUUAUACUUUGUAUUUUCCAUUACAAAGAUCAUAGGUAAAUUGAAUGUGCUUUUUCAAAAAUUAAUCCCCAUCCCCUAUUUCACUUAAGAAUCAGUGCUCUGACUGGGCUUGUGCUUAGCACAUGAUAAAUCCUCAGUCAGGAUUUGUUGAAUGAAUGAGUGAACCAAUGAAAUAAAUCAUUAAGUUAUUUAUACAUGAGAUUUCCCAAAAGCAAAGGAAUAGAAUUUAAAAACUUUUGCCAUUUCUCCAGCCUUGGGAAGAACUGUGUUUGUGCAAUUGAAAAUAAUGCUUAGCUUACCAGGCCUCUACAAAUUGUGCCUUUUAUCUGUUUAGGGUAUUUUCCGUGUUUCUCAUGUUGUGUUCUCCUCUGCCCGUAAUGACUACAUAUGUCUUCAUGAUGAGUAAGAGCUGAUUCUAGACAAUACAGUGUAUGUUGGUCCAAGGUUUUAUCUAGCUGUCAAGUUUCCCUUGUGUGUUCUUGGUUAUGGUAGUGUGUAUUCCUGUCCCAGAAUUUAUUAGUCCUAUCUGACCUGUCCUUGAAAAAUGUUUUCCUUUUUCAUUUGCUUGCCUCCAAGCACGUUUGGGUAUUUUUAAUGACCUUGUUUUUUUUUAAAAAAAAGGUUUUUCCAGGAGCAGUAGUGCACCUUUGUUUCAGUACUCUCCUACAUCUCUGUCCUACAUUUCCUACUCAGCCAGUUCUAUCCCUUCGUCAUAUAAACAUGUUUAGCGCUUUCCUGUCUAACUCCAACUAUCAACUCUUUUUUCCUUCUCUUUAGAGUCAAGCUUCUUGAGAGAGUGGUCUAUAUUUGUGCCUCCAAUUUCUUACUUUCUAUUCAUUGUCAACUUCUGCAGUCUGACUUCGCGUCCCUCAUUAGAACCUCCCCUGAACUGGUUUAUACUCGGCCCACCUUUAAAACCUGCCAAAUGCCUUUUAUCUCUUUUUUUUUUUUUUUUUUUUGAGACGAAGUUUCACUCUGUUGCCCAGGCUGGAGGGCAGUGGCACAAUCGCACGAUCUCAGCUCACUGCAAUCUCCACCUCCCAGGUUCAAGGGACUCUUCUGCCUCAGCCUCCCAAGUAGUUAGGAUUACAGGCUAUUUUUUUUUUUUUUUUUGUAUUUAGUAAAGACGGGUUUUCAACAUGUUGGUCAGGCUGGUCUCGAGCUCCUGACCUUGGGUGAUCCACCCGCCUUGGCCUCCCAAAGUGCUGGGAUUACAGGCGUUAGCCACCACGCCCAGGCUAUCUCUCUUUGAGGCAAUUAAUCACUAUUGAUUAAUCCUACUCUCUUGAAAUUGUCUUCCACCCUUGAUGUCUAUGACACCUUUUCUGGUUUUCCUUCCAUCUCUGUAACCGUUCCAUUUUAGACCUUUGGGGACUUGUUUUCACUUCUACUUGUAAAAUGUUGGUGUUCUUCAGAAUUCUGCCUCUGACUCUCUUCUCUACCUUUUCUUUUCCCUACACAAUAAUAUCCAUGCCUUAUCUGCCAAAUCAAUCUUCAGCCCAGAACUCUCUCAAGUUCCAUAUCCAUAUACAUAAUUUGCUAUCAAAUAUCUCCCUUGACCCUUACUCUCAGCUUCUAUAACAAAUCACAGUAGCUGCUAUUUUUAUUUGCUCUACACUCUUUUUCAUAUCUCUCCCUCUGCCCACUUUCCUUUGAGGAAUUCUGCACCACUUUAUGUAGUCCUGGUGGGAGCAGUGAUACUUAUGGCCAUUUCUAUACCACAAGGUGAUAAACACGUAACCUAGCCUAGUCCAAUUAUCAUCCAUAAACCAGUACAUAGAUUUUAGGAGAAAGAAGCACCUAUUUUGCUGGGUUACUACUGACAGCCAUCCUUCCCUCCAUGUUUCGAAGUCUUGACCAUAUUAUUUGAGGCCCUGGAUUACCCAAGCAAGAAAUCUAAGAAUCUAUCCAUUCUUCUUUCUUGCCUCCAUACUCAAUUGAUGAUAAACUUUUGUUAAUUAUACAUCUAAAAGAUUUGUCUGUCAAAUGUGUACUCCAGACCUACUACUACUCCUGCUUCAGUCCUGGUCUUUAUCAUUUCACCCAACUGAUCUCCCUACAUCCAGUUAAGCCUCCCUCCAUCCAUCCUCUACACUCAAGCCAGUUGAAAUAUAUUAAGAAAUACAGAUAAAUUCCUCAGGGGCUCUGUGGUGUCUCUGGAAAAUUGAGGCAUUUUAAGGCAAACAAGGGCCCCCCACCUGCCUUUCCAGCCUCCGCAAAUGAUAUUGCAACUCAUAUAUUCUGUGUUCUUGCCCUAUUGAGCAAUGCCCUGCACCAUUUAACAUGCCAUAAUUUCUUUGAUUAUCCUUAUAUUCUAUUUCCUUUCCCUGGAAUGCCCUGACCUUCCCUUCUUCACCUGGCUAAAUCCUAUUACAAGACUUUUUUUUUCUGUAUCAUCUCCUCUAGGAGUCUUCCUUUAUUUUUGCUGAGCUGCACUGAUGUCUUUCCAUGUUUUUGUGCUAACCUGUGCUCCCCUCUUUCAGGGUUCUUGAUCCAUAGUAUUGUAAUUGUUUGUUCCCUGUCUGCCUCAUAACUCUGAAUUGGUACCAACAUAGACUUCUGUGCUUAACAUGAUGCCUGACAUACAGCGUGUGCUCAGUAAAAUUUGUCCAGUAGGUGAAUGAUUGAGUCACUGUUGAUUCAAGGAGAUACAUGAGUUUAUAUGCCAUCUAAAUUAGACUACUAGAUGUUGCCCUUGUGUCUGUGUUGGAAGCCUUUAAGGAAACCUUUCAGAUAUCCGUAUUAGAAUAUGCUACAUUUCCUUAAUGCUCCCAAACAUAUCUUGUAUUCUAAA